GCCGUCUGUAUAUUCUACCUAGUUCUUCGUGCCCUGGAUACUGUAGAGGAUGACAUGACCAUCAGCUUAGAUGUAAAGGUCCCAAUGCUGCACGAAUUUCACUCCUAUCUCUAUCAACCAGAGUGGAAAUACAUGGAGAGCAAGGAGAAGGACCGGCAGGUGCUCGAGGACUUCCCAACGAUCUCCAUGGAGUUCAGGAACCUGUCAAAGGUCUACCAGGACGUGAUUUCAGACAUCUGCCACAAGAUGGGCGUCGGGAUGGCGGAGUUCUUGGAGAAGAAGGUGGACUCUCAGCAUGAGUGGGAUAAGUAUUGUCACUAUGUUGCUGGGCUGGUGGGGAUCGGCCUUUCCCGUCUCUUCUCUGCAUCAGAGCUAGAAGAUCCUAUUGUUGGGCAAGACACGGAGCUGGCGAACUCCAUGGGCCUCUUCCUGCAGAAAACCAACAUCAUCCGUGAUUAUUUGGAGGACCAGCUGGAGGGAAGGGAGUUCUGGCCCAGAGAGGUUUGGAGCAGAUACGCAAAGAAGCUCUCGGAUCUUGCCAAACCAGAGAACAUCGAUAUGGCUGUCCAGUGUCUGAAUGAGCUCAUCACCAACGCCCUCCACCAUGUCCCUGAUGUCCUCACAUACUUAUCCCGCCUGAAAAACCAAAGUGUCUUCAACUUCUGCGCUAUUCCCCAGGUGAUGGCUAUUGCCACGUUGGCUGCCUGCUAUAACAACAAGCAGGUAUUCAGGGGUGUUGUGAAGAUCCGGAAGGGACAAGCCGUCACUCUAAUGAUGGAUGCCACAAACAUACAAGCUGUCAAAGCCAUCAUGUACCAGUAUGUGGAAGAGAUCUACCAGAAGAUCCCAAGCACAGACCCAUCAUCCAACAAGACGCAGCAGGUCAUCUCCUCCAUCCGCGCCAUGAGCUUGCCUGGCGGCUCCAUGGCAUCACGCCACCACUACUCCCCCAUCUACCUGUCGUGCGCGAUGCUCCUGGCCGCCCUGAGCUGGCAGUACCUGAGCACCAUCUCCAAGGCCACUGAGGAGUACGUCCAGGCGGGCGAGAACUGAUGGGCAGCAGGCGGGCGGGGGGAGAGAUGGUCGACGGAUGGGCAGAGGAGGCAGGAGGCUCCUUGUCCCCUG